GGAGAAUAUAGUUAAAUAUUUACACAUAUCUAGCACAUAUCGUGUUAAAUUAGAUCAAAUAAAAAAAAAUGAUUAUUUUUAUCGCAGUUGUUUGUUUUCUUGUAAUUUCUACGCAAGCACAAGUUCCUGUUAAGAAAUGUCCAGAUGUAACCGUAGUGGAAGAUUUCAAUUUAACUGCAUAUCUAGGUGACUGGUAUGAACAAGCAAGAUACCCUAGUUCAUUGGAAGAUCGGGGAAUAUGUGUUUAUACCAAUUACGCACCUAAUAAGCUAGAGGGUGACACAGAUCUAGAGGAUGAUAAUUCUGUAAAGAGCCACACCGAAUUUAUUAAUUCAGACACAAAUGAAAAAUCCAUCCUCGAUGGAGUUGCAACACAAGAUCCAGACAAUGCAGCCAAAUUUAUAUUAAAUUUGACCAAUCCAAUAGAUUUAAGCGUACCUUUUUGGAUUCUUGGGACAGACUAUACAGGAUUUUCUGUGGGUUUCUCUUGUUCUGAACAAAAUAAUGUUACUGGAAUGAGUCUUUUCAUUCAAACAAGAAGUCCUGAUCCAAUACAAGUUGAUUUAGAUGCAGCUAUCAAAGUUAUCAAAGACAACAAUCUUCCUACAGCUUAUUUAACACAAACAGAACAAGAUGUCUGUGAUUAUUAAAUUAUAAAAUAUACUAAAUCUACGAUUUUCAGUUAUUAUUGAAAACUAUGUUUUUUUAACAAUAAAAUAUGUUUUGAUGUAGA